CCUAUUGUUAUUGCCCACUAUAAAGUCCAACACAGUAUUUACCCUUCAUUAGUUCAUUCCUCUCUCACUCUCUUGAGUCUGUUGUAAACGCCCUCUCCCCUUGUAAAGUUCGUUCUCUGCCGCUGUCAAUGGCAAACCGCUGGCUUAGACCCGAGGUGUACCCUCUGUUUGCGGCCGUUGGAGUUGCGGUUGGGAUCUGCGGAUUCCAAUUGGUUCGUAACAUCUGCGUCAACCCUGAAGUCAGAGUGAGCAAGCAGAACAGGGCUGCAGGAGUGCUCGAGAACUUUGAUGAGGGAGAAAAGUAUGCUGAGAACUUUCUGAGGAAGUUUUCACGCAACAGGGCGCCGGAGAUUAUGCCCUCCAUCAACAGCUUUUUCGCCGAUCCAAACCGUGGUUAAGUUGCUUUUGGGGAACAGAAAGAUCAAUUGAUGUGUGAACUCUAUUGUUAUGGCAUAGACCUCUUAUUGUGCUAUUUUAGAAAACCAUAAAUGUUGAUUUUCUCAAGAUUGAGAGUCAGUCUGGUGGUGUUUGAUGAACCAAAUAUUAUAAAUGUUUUAUAGCCAAAAUUAUGUUUACUAUGUUGUGGACGAGCUCUUUUUAAGUUUGGUAUUCAAAAUAAAUGGACCUGAAAUUUUUACUC